AUAAGAUUCAUUCGUUCGGGAUUCGGACUCCAGGUUUCGCGCCGUAUGAUGAUUCUCUAUAAAGAAGAACCAACUGUAUGUCGGUUUCGCGUUGUUGUUCAGUAGCGGUGAUGCAUAUCUGUAAUAACAGUAAUGUAGUAAACAUACUAAACAAUUAAACUUAUUCUAAAUAAAAGCUGCUUCUCGGAUUCCAACCCCACAAUCUUUACCGCGCUGCCAUAUCUUAACAAAAGCCAGGUUCACACACCAGGAAGUGACAUCAUUUGUGUAGGAUAACAACAGCACAAGCAUCACAGACAGAGGAAGGCCUCAUGCAGGACGGGCAGACGUGUGCAGACAUGGAGGAGUCAGUGCCGUGUUUCGGGACCCCAGGCCCCACGGUCACCUUCCAUCACCUCCGCUACCACGUCACAGAACGACUGGGGAUGUUCAGUAGGGAGUGGGUUGAAAAGGACAUCCUCAAAGAUGUCAGUGGUAUCAUGAACCCUGGAAUGAAUGCUGUUAUGGGCCCGACUGGAAGUGGAAAAACAUCGCUCCUGGAUGUCAUUGCGGGACGGAAAGAUCCUAAGGGCCUAAAAUCAGGCCAAGUUCUGGUGGACAACACCACUGUGACCUCUGACCUCAGACUGUGCUCUGCUUAUGUAGUUCAGAAUGACAUCCUGAUGGGAACUCUGAGUGUAAGAGAGAACUUAGCAUUCUCUGCCAAUCUUCGCUUGUCACGCAAAGAGUAUUCCUCCGCUGACAAGAAGAUGAGGGUCGACUCCGUCAUCCAGGAGCUCGGCCUGAAAGAUUGCGCAGAUACGAAGAUCGGGACCAUGUUUUUGCGUGGUAUUUCUGGUGGAGAGAAGAAGAGGUGCAGCAUUGGGAUGGAGCUCAUCACGUCCCCUUCCCUCCUGUUCCUGGAUGAGCCCACCACAGGCCUGGACGCCAACACUGCCAACUCCAUCAUGGGACUGCUGCAGAAGCUCUCCAAAAAGGGUAAGACCGUGAUCUUCUCCAUUCACCAGCCGCGCUACUCCAUCUUCAGCCAGUUUGACCACCUCACUCUCAUGAAUAAAGGAGAAAUCAUCUACGCUGGGGCCGCCAACAAAGCCAUCGGCUACUUUGAGAACUUGGGUUACAAGUGCGAGCCAUUCAACAACCCGGCGGACUUCUUCCUGGACGUCACGAACGGAACCGUCCUUCCUCAAAUACACAACGAUAAAUCAGAGAAGUGUAGCAACAGUGAGGAGACGGAAGAAAAUGAGAACCCUCUGGCCGUCAUUUACAGGCAGUCCCCUCAUUUCCUCACAAUAAAAGACAGACUCGAUCAGAUUUCAGAUGGGCUUGACCCUGAGGUCACUAAAGGUGACGGGGUCGGUUACGCCACACCUUUCUAUUACCAGCUCAUGCUGGUGAGCGGCCGCACCGUAAGAAACAUCUUGAGGAAUCCGCAGACGUCCUACGCCCAACUCUUCCUCAACAUCUUCUUUGGUAUUUUGGUGGGACUGAUCUACUACCAGAUCCCACACACUUUACCAGAGGCUCUUCAGAACAGAACGGGAGCUUUCUUUUUUCUGGUCAUUAACAUGGUGUUUGGCAAUCUGUCCGCGGUGGAGCUCUUCAUCAGCGAGAGAGUGCUCUUCAUCCACGAGAACUCGAGUGGCUUCUACCGCACCUCGGUCUACUUCCUGUCCAAAGUGUUUGCUGACCUCAUACCCAACCGCAUCCUCCCCGUCUUCAUCUUUUCUGCCAUCCCGUACUUCAUGAUGGGUCUGAAGCCUGAAGUGGAGGCCUUCUUCCUGUACUGUUUGACCAUGAGUAUGGUCAGUCUGUCAGCGGUGAGCUUGGCUUUCCUGGUCAGUGCCAGCGUGGGCUCCUUCGCCAUGGCUAACAUCCUCAUCGCAAUGCCUUAUGUCUUCAUGAUGGUGUUUGGAGGUUUCCUAGUUAACCUGAAUUCGAUGCUGAGCUGGAUGUCCUGGCUGAAGUGGGCCAGUAUAUUCCGAUAUGGCUACAAUGCACUUGCCAUCAUUGAACUAAAAGAUCAAGUCUUUACCAGUAACUACACCAGCAGUUUGAGAGGUGACGUGUACCUGGAUCAUCAAGAGAUCGACCACAGCACGUGGGGCUUUUGGCAGAACCAGGUCGCUCUGACAGGCAUCAUGUGCGUGUGUCUGAUUCUUGCCUAUGUGCAGCUGUGUCGGAUUAAUCGCUGGAAGUGAAAGAAUGACACUGGUUGGGUAAUCAGUCUCAUUUUUUUAUUUAUUUUGAACCCUGAAAUCAGGAAAACACACAUGUACAGUGAAAUGUGUCAGCCACGCAGAAUCCACAACUCGCUACCUCAUUUUCUUCACACCUGCUACCUCCAAAACUACCUGUGGCAUGAAGUAUAAAACUGCUUGAACUUUUUCAAUGUUUAAUCUGAUAUAAAAAAUGCAAAACAAAAAUCAAACG